AAAAGUCUCGCCAAAAAUCUCCCACCGACGAGUAAAAAUGGCAUAUAUAUAAUUAAAUACACAUAAAUUAAUUCUUCACAAUCCAGAUCCCUCUUCUUUCUUUUGUCACUCCACCACAAUUUCCCCAUUUUGAAGGUAAGUUAAACCUCUGCACAAUCUUCUUUAUCAUCAUAAUUUUUGUGUUGUUUUUACUUGUUUACUAAUUAAUUAGUAAAGUUGAUUUUUUUAAUUAUUAAAUCUUGAUUUUUUGUGUAAAACCCUACUGAUCUUGGCAUUUUACUUACAUCCGUGUCAUCCAGAUCUGAUCAAUUCCUGAUCUGGAUCAUCCAGAUAUGAUCAAGAAACCACUAAAAAUGAGAUCUUUUGACAAAUUCAAGAUUUGGGUUUUGUUUAUCUGCUUGAUAUCUGAAUUGGGUUAUGGUUUUUAUCUGCCUGGAAGUUACCCUCACAAAUAUGGGGUUGGUGAUUUCUUGAAUGUUAAGGUGAAUUCAUUGACGUCUAUUGAUACUGAGUUGCCUUAUAGUUACUAUAGUUUGCCAUUUUGUCAACCUCAAGAGGGUGUUAAAGAUAGUGCUGAGAAUCUUGGUGAGCUGCUUAUGGGUGAUCGGAUUGAGAAUUCUCCUUAUAGGUUUAAGAUGUAUACUAAUGAGACAGAGAUUUUCACGUGUCAAACUAAACCUUUGUCUGGUGAGGAGUUUAAUCUUUUGAAGAAGAGGAUUGAUGAGAUGUAUCAAGUGAAUUUGAUUCUUGAUAAUUUGCCUGCUAUUCGGUAUACGAGGAAGGAAGGUUAUUUCUUGCGGUGGACUGGUUAUCCCGUUGGGAUCAAGGUUCAAGAUGCGUAUUACGUGUUUAAUCAUUUGAAGUUUACAGUUCUUGUUCAUAAGUAUGAGGAGACCAAUGUGGCUCGGGUGAUGGGUACUGGUGACGGAGCUGUGUUGAUUUCGACUGUUCGAAAGGUUGGAUCUGAGGCACCUGGUUAUAUGGUUGUUGGGUUUGAGGUUGUUCCUUGUAGUGUCCAGCAUGGUCCUGAUGCAACAAAGAACUUGAAAAUGUACAGUAAGUACCCGACUCCAAUUAAGUGCGACCCUACAACUGUUGCCAUGGCUAUUAAAGAAAAUGAGCCCGUGUCUUUUACUUAUGAGGUGAACUUUGUGGAAAGUGACAUCAAGUGGCCAUCAAGGUGGGAUGCUUAUUUGAAGAUGGAAGGUGCAAAGGUGCACUGGUUCUCUAUCCUUAACUCUCUUAUGGUAAUUACUUUCUUGGCUGGAAUUGUGCUUGUAAUCUUCUUGAGAACUGUCAGGCGGGAUCUGACAAGGUAUGAGGAACUCGACAAAGAGGCUCAAUCUCAGAUGAAUGAGGAGUUAUCUGGGUGGAAACUUGUGGUGAGUGAUGUGUUCAGGGCUCCAAGUAAUCCAGCACUUCUUUGUGCGAUGGUUGGAGAUGGGGUUCAAAUUCUAGGGAUGGGUGUUGUGACUAUUCUGUUUGCUGCUCUUGGAUUUAUGUCCCCGGCUUCUCGUGGAACAUUGAUUACCGGCAUGCUGUUCUUCUAUAUGAUUCUUGGUGUUUCAGCUGGUUAUGUUGCUGUUCGUCUCUGGAGGACGAUCUGCUGUGGCGAUCAUAAGGGAUGGGUUUCAGUCUCGUGGAAGGCUGCUUAUUUCUUCCCUGGGAUUGCUCUUCUCAUUCUAACCACAUUGAACUUCCUGCUAUGGGGUAGUCACAGCACAGGGGCCAUUCCGUUUUCACUGUUCGUCAUCCUCAUUUUACUUUGGUUCUGCAUUUCCGUUCCUCUAACCCUACUCGGUGGUUAUUUGGGGGCAAAGGCUCCCCACAUUGAAUACCCAGUUCGAACCAACCAGAUCCCACGUGACAUCCCACCACAAAAAUAUCCAUCUUGGCUUCUAGUUUUAGGUGCAGGCACCCUUCCUUUCGGUACUCUAUUCAUUGAGCUCUUCUUCAUCAUGUCAAGUCUCUGGAUGGGCCGUGUAUACUAUGUCUUUGGUUUCCUCCUGAUUGUCAUGAUCCUUCUUGUCGUCGUUUGUGCCGAGGUGUCUCUUGUUCUGACCUACAUGCAUCUUUGUGUGGAGGACUGGAAAUGGUGGUGGAAAUCUUUCUUUGCCUCCGGAUCAGUCUCUAUAUACAUUUUUCUCUACUCCGUUAACUAUCUAAUCUUCGAUCUCAAGAGCUUGAGCGGGCCUGUUUCUGCUACCCUUUACCUUGGAUAUUCCCUCUUCAUGGUUCUAGCCAUCAUGUUCGCGACAGGCACGGUCGGGUUCCUUUCCUCAUUCUGGUUUGUACAUUACUUGUUCUCUUCAGUGAAGCUGGAUUGAAGAAGUCUCUUGGACAGAAAGAAUCAAAGCAAACCAUCGAAGGAACAAAUGCAGAUGUGUCUUUAAGUCAAUUCUUGUUUACUUUUAUGGUCAUAUUACUAUCAAUUUGUAGGGUAUUUGGAGCAGAGAACCAAUAAACUCCUCAAGUUUUGUUUAAUUCUUUAAAUAGUCAAGUGGUGCAUGAUAUAGUCAGUAUAGCUUCAUUGGUUGGUAGAAUGCAUAUUUGGAUGUGCUUGUAGUGAUGGAUUCAGUUGGUAAGUCUGGUUUUGUACAUUACAUGCAACUACUCAGCUCAUCAUGAUUCUUGAAGCAUACUUUCGAUUA